UAUAUAAAAAGCACAGUUCUAAUAUCAUAAUCAUUAGUAAAAAUGGCUGUUAAUGUAGUGCUAAUUGUUGUUUUCGCGGGAUUAAUAACCAUCGCCCUCGGUCUGGAUGCAGCCUCCGUUAAUAAUGUAGGAAUCUAUGGAGGCCAUGAUAUCUCCAUUGAACAAGCUCCGUUCAUGGCCUCGCUGCGGCUUAAUGGAACUGAUCACUACUGCGGGGCCUCAGUCAUUCAUGAGAGAUUUAUAUUAACAGCCGCUCAUUGCAUUCUACCUGAUAGAAAAUAUACGGUGCAAGUUGGCACAACCUAUGCGAAUGACGGAGGACAGGUCUACGACGUGGAGAAGAUAAUGAAACACGAAAUGUACAACUACACGACUCACGACUACGACAUCUGCCUGAUAAAACUAAAAACCAAUUUGACAUUCUCAGCUAAAGUGAAUAAGAUUGAUUUGGCGGACCGUAGUGUUAGGUUGAAACAGAACAUCCAGGUCGAAGUCACUGGAUGGGGUGCUACUUCAGCAGACGGAGACAUUUCCAAUAAUCUUCAGCAAGUGACCAUACCGAUAAUAUCGACAUUCAGUUGUUGUUUAAAAUACCUCAAAGUACGACAUGCCAUUACCAGCAGAAUGUUUUGCGCUGGAGAACAAGGAAAAGACAGUUGCCAGGGCGACAGUGGGGGGCCUCUUACUCUGAACAAUGUUCAAGUGGGUGUAACGUCAUUCGGCUCAGGUUGUGGAAAAUUGCCGGGAGUUUACACCAAAAUAUCUGCAAUGCUGCCUUGGAUUAACGAUAAUAUUAAGAAGAACCUAUAAACCCGCUGAAUACUCAACAUAACUUGACUAACUACCGUUGGUAGUGCUGAGGCCACCAACAACUUCAUUUUAUAGAACUAUAGGUAAUUUGUGUAGAAAUCGAAGAAAUGUGGAAAUAAUAUUCUGAGUUUGUUCACUUGAAUCCAUUUAUUUACAAACUGACAUCUCACUAAAAAACAAAACAUUACCUAAAGAAAAACUUACCAGCCAGUACUACUACGAUUUGCUUAUGGUUAAACUCGCAUAAAACUAUUUUUUUUAAUUACUUAAAUUAACUAAAAAACAUUUUUUUUUUGUGUUUAAAAUGUAAUAUUACUAAACUAAUUACUUUAUUUUGUGAACCAUGCAAAUAAAUUAUAUACAAAAGAA